AGCAAGAUGGCCGCCGCGGAGGGGGACUGUGGGGUCGGGGCUGACGUGGACCAGGAAUUGGAAGAGCUUCUGGAAAGUGCUCUUGAUGAUUUCUAUAAGGCCAGACCCUCCCCAGCACCCCCUCCUGCCACCACGGCCCCUGAUGCUUCAGGGCCCCAGAAGAGAUCGCCAGGAGACACUGCCAAAGAUGCCCUCUUUGCCUCCCAAGAGAAGUUUUUCCAGGAACUGUUCGACAGUGAGCUGGCUUCCCAAGCCACUGCAGAGUUCGAGAAGGCAAUGAAGGAGUUGGCUGAGGAAGAGCCCCACCUGGUGGAGCAGUUCCAAAAGCUCUCAGAGGCUGUGGGAAGAGUGGGUAGUGAUGUAACUUCCCAACAAGAAUUCACUUCUUGCCUAAAGGAGACACUAAGUGGACUGGCUAAAAAUGCCACUGAUCUGCAGAACUCAGGCAUGUCAGAAGAGGAGCUGACCAAGGCCAUGGAAGGACUGGGCAUGGAUGAAGGGGAUGGUGAAGGGAACAUCCUCCCCAUCAUGCAGAGCAUCAUGCAGAACCUACUGUCCAAGGAUGUGCUGUACCCAUCACUGAAGGAGAUCACAGAAAAGUAUCCAGAAUGGUUGCAGAGUCACCGGGAAUCUCUACCUCCAGAACAGUUUGGAAAAUAUCAGGAACAGCACAGUGUCAUGGGCAAGAUAUGUGAGCAGUUUGAAGCAGAGACCCCCACAGACAGUGAGACCACUCAUAAGGCUCGUUUUGAAACAGUGCUGGACCUUAUGCAGCAGCUACAGGAUUUGGGCCAUCCUACAAAAGAGCUGGCUGGGGAGAUGCCUCCUGGCCUCAACUUUGACGUGGAUGCCCUCAGUCUAUCAGGCCCACCAGAUGCCAAUGGCGAACAGUGUCUGAUCAUGUGAAACACAACACGUUUCCUCCCUAAUUGCCAGCCAUGGGGAACGUCUGGAGAACCACUGGGAGCUGAGGCAGGAGUGUUGUCGCGGGAGUGGUCUGCCCGCUGCCCUCUGUCAUCCCAUCCAAGAUGGUGCCAUACCAACUGAGGCUUCUCCCCUGACUUUCUAGGAAUAAGGCC